AAUCUCAGAUAAAACAGACCGAGAAAAAUAAAAGCGAGAUUAGCACCACUCCCUUUACCCGCCCCCUCUUAAAAUAAAAUGAUGAGAGAAAAGAGAGAGAAUUUGUGCGUUACGGUGCCGACUUUGUUCCGGUGCCCGAUUUCAAUGGACGUGAUGAAAUCUCCAGUGAGUUUAUGUACCGGCGUCACAUACGAUCGCAGCUCCAUCGAAAAGUGGUUAUCUCUAGGACACGCUACCUGUCCCGCCACCAUGCAAACCCUCUUCUCCACCCACACCACUCCAAAUCUCACCCUUCGCCGCCUCAUAACCCUUUGGCUCUCGCACCCCGGCGGAACCCCCACCCCGCCACUAUCUCUGCCGACGUCGAUCUCCAAACAACAAGUCAGGGAAGUAAUCAACGGCGCAUUAAACUGCGAUUCUCUAGCGAAAAUUAUUCAUUUUAUGAAGGUUUCGGAUGACAAUUUGAAGUUUAUUGCAUUUUCUGACGAUGCCGUUUCUAAUUUUGUUGAGUUUUUCGGAAGUUGUAAAAAAAUUGAGGCUUGUGAACUGAUUGUUGAAAUUCUGGAUUUGAUUUUAUUGGAAAAUGGAGCGAAAGAGAAAUUUAAUAGCUUGAUUUUGAAGAGCGAUGUGGAUUGUUUAUCGUCGUUUCUUUUGAUUCUUAGGGAAGGAAGCAUGGAAUCAAAGAUUAAAUCGGCGAGGAUUUUGGAAUCAAUCGCGUUUAACUCAGAGUCCCAACUUAAGAUCGCAGAAAAGGAAGGGAUACUGUACGAACUGUACACUUUAAUCGCCGUAGAAAACGACCGGCUUGCAAUCCAAGCCGCUUUAUCUUCUUUAUUAGCUAUUUCAUCAUCGAGGCUGGUUCGGAAGGAGUUAAUCCGGUUCGGAAUAGUAAAAAGAAUAGGAGAAAUCCUCUCCAUUUUUGACUUUUCAAGUACAGUUCGUGCAGUCAUUGAGAAAUCUUUAGGAUUACUGGAAAUGGUUGCCACGUGUACGGAAGGGAGGGAGGGGAUUAGUGAAGACGAGAAAUGUGUGGCGGAGAUUGUAAAGAGGCUGAUGAAAUGCUCCAAUGUAGCGACGGAGCACAGUAUUACGGUGAUCUGGAGCGUAUGUUGCUUGGCUCGUGAUCGAACGGCUCAGGAUAAGGUGAUGCAAGUCAAUGGAUUGACUAAAGUACUACUGGUGAUGCAGAGCGAUUGCUCGGUGAGUACAAGACAGAUGUGCAGGGAAUUGGUCAAAGUUUUGAGGGUGAAGAAUUCAAAGUCUUGUUUCGCUAGUUAUGAGACUAGGACCACUCACAUUAUGCCAUAUUGAAUUAACUAACAAUUUUCUAAAUUUUUUCAAUUUUUUAGAGUUGUGGUUAGGUUAAGUAGGCCAAAGACGUAAAUCAAAAGGGAAUACAACUUGACAUGAAUGACAGACACAUACAAAUGAAAUUUUGCAUUUUUUAUGCGACAAUUAUUGUAGAAAUUCAUUGUUUUUGUUUUCGUUUUUUGUGCUGUUUAAGAGCAUGCUUGACAAUCAUUAUUGUAGAAUAAAAAGUUUUGAAUAGUGAUUACCGGAG